UGGCUCAAGCCUUUGGGCCUUUUGGCACGGCGGUUUGGGCGGAUCGUUGUUUCGCAUCGCUGGGACGAGGAUGAUCAGCAUGUUGUCGUUCCUGCUCCCAAGGAUGCUGCUUGCGAUGCCGGCAGUGGACCUGAGUCAAAGCUCCCUGCAGCUGAGCUUAGACGGGCACAAGUUCCAUCUUGACCCCUACUGGCUUCGCGAGCGCUGUCUCUCGCAACUCUCAGUGGAUUUGAGCACUCUGCAGCCGCUGCUCAACCCGCACGAGCUGCCCAUGGACAUGACCUUUGAGAACGCCAGCAUCCUGGGCAACGACACCUUGCAGGUGGCCUUCACGGAUGGCCAUACCUCGAAGUACCAGCUCAAGACGCUCCUCGCUGAGCUCACCGACUUCAGGAGCAAUCCCAUUCAACCAGCGCAAUAUGAGCGUCCCCGGCCCAGCCUCUGGUCUGGAGACCUGCAGCUCACCAGCUACAACCAUCACGACAUCAUCACCAACGAGGAGGUGCGCUUGAACCUCACGGAGAUGUUGCUCACGAAAGGGGUGGCGCUGGUGAAGAAGAUCCCCAAGGAGCACGGCAUCGUGACCGCCUUCGCGAAGAACAUGAGCACUUUGCGCACCACCGACUGGGGCCCCUUCUUCAACGUGCGCGUGACUCCAGACACCGCUGGCAAAACUGCGAAGCAAGAUCUGGCGUACACGGGCAAGGCGAUUGGCCUCCACACCGACAACCCCUACCGAGAUCCCACCCCUGACUUCCAGCUUUUGCAUGCCCUCGAACACUGCAGUUGCAACGGCAAGGCGCCAUGUGACGGAUGCUCAGUCCUCAAUUAUAUCGUGGACGGUUUCUACAUUGCCGAGCUUCUGCGGAAUGAGAGCCAAGAGAGCUAUGAUUUGCUGAGCAGCAUCCCGGUACGCUUUGAGAACAACGGGGGGGACGGAACCUCCGCCCUGGUGACCAUGUUUCCACACCUCGAGCUGUCCCACGACAAGAAAGAAAUUCAGGCGGUCCGCUUCUCCGCAAAGAGCGGGCAGUAUGCACCGGCAUUGAGCCCAGAAAUGGCGGCCAAGUUUUAUCAGGCUCGCCGUCGUUUCUCCGAGUUGGCGCAUCAGCCGGAGCAUGCCCUGACCAUGCAGUUCGAGCCCGGAGACAUCCUGGUCUUCGACAACCGCCGUGUCCUCCACGCUCGAUCCCACAUCCCGGCCAACGAUGCGGCACGCUGGGUGCAAGGCUGCUACAUGGAUCGAGAUGGGCUUUGGUAUGCCUUCGAGCGCCUACGACGCAUUGUGCGCGGGGCGUAAAAACCGCCGCUCUGCCAGUCUGGCAGCUGCGUUCACUCUCCCCUCGUGGCUACGGGGGGCGGACACGUGGCCGCAGGUGAGCAUGUGGUUUAUUUGUUAUUUCUCGUUUUGCACACAACGGUUCGCCGAAUCCUUCUUGAGCCUCUGUUUUGAAUGCUAGAUGCGCCUCUCCAGUACCCGCUUGAAUCUCGGGGAUGCUCC